AUGGUCGGGGUCUUGUGGAACAGCCUGACCAUCCUGGGGUCACGUGGGAUUGUAUUAACGUGCAAUGAAAUUAUGAAGCUCUAUGAAGCAAUCAUAAAAGGUGUUGAUCAGUGCAUCCAGAAGUUUCUGGAUGUUGCAAGACAAACUGAAUGCUUUUUUCUACAAAAAAGACUGCAGCUAUCGGUCCAGAAACCAGAGCAAGUAAUUAAAGAGGAUGUUUCAGAAUUAAGAAAUGAAUUGCAGAGAAAAGAAGCAUUAAUUCAGAAGCAUUUGGGUAAACUGCGACACUGGCAACAGGUCCUGGAAGAUAUCAGUGUACAGCACAAAAAGCCUGCAGAAGUGCCUCAAGGUCCAUUAGCUUACCUAGAACAAGCAUCUGCUAAUAUUCCUGCUCCAAUGAAGCAAACGUGAUCCUUGAUUUUACAUACCGGAAUAUUUUCAACAAUGCAAAGCAGUGGUGUUAGUUUUACUUUGUAUGCUUUUUAUAUAAUGUAAUUUGUACUACAAAUAUAAAUAGUUAAGACAAUUAAGC